AUGUGUGGGACUCGUUGUCGUGAUUUGGAUGAGCUGACGGCCCAUCAAAAGAAGCAUGCUGAGCCGCCGAAGUUAACCAACCGUUAUAUUCCUCCAGAGGCUAAAGUUUACUCAUGCAAGUUCUGCGACAAACGGUUCGCUCGCCAAGAUUCACGGUGUAAGCACGUUAGCUCCGUCCAUAAAGGGAAACGCUACAAAUGUGACCUUUGUCAAAACACGUGUACUACUCACGGGGGGUUAAGCGGUCACAGAAAAUACGUUCAUAACAUGAAAAAUGGUGAAGAUAAAAGUAAAUGUCCGUACGAUUGUGAUUCUGCCCUGGAAUUUGAGACUGAAGCCGAGUGGAUUCAACAUUUGGAAGGAUGCACUUCGGAAAAAAUUACGGAAGCUUCUCAAUGUCCCUGCCUCUUUUGUGACGCCGUGUUUCGAAACCAAUUCCUCCAAUUGUCCCACCAUCAUCAAACCCAUGAAACGUUUCCUUGCGAAAUAUGUUCAAAGCAAUUUUCAAAGAAAACAAUAUUGGCCGCUCACAAAUUUUCGCAUGAAGAAUCCAAACCACAUCUUUGUUCAAAGUGUGGAAAACGAUUUCGAGAACCACGCAAUCUCAGACUUCACUCAACCACGAUUUGCGGGGAUGACGACGAAGCGAGGAAAAAAUUGCAAGCAAAACGACGAGCAAGCGACAAAUCGUCCGGAGAUAAGAAGAAGAAUUUUAAUUGUGACGAAUGCUCAAUGGGCUUCAUCACGUCGAGGAGGUUUGAGUUACAUAAGGUGAAAGUUCAUGGAGGCGAGGACGCCGGUGGCGAGAGAAGGUCUGGGACGGAAGAUAGUGAUACUGACGCUUAA